AGUGUCCGGAUCUCGGAAUCACCCGCCAAAUACGCCAACUUCCGUGAUCCCAACCCCACGUUUCCUCGCGCGAGCCACGUGCUUGUCUACAGGACCACAACUCCUGCAUACCACCUUCCCCGGAGGACUGCUCCUCAGUCAAACAGGUCACCAUCUCGCAUGAUUUCGCAAAGCACAGCACAGCAGCUAUUUCCUCGGCGAAUGGGGGCCUCCGUGUCAUAUUUGGUGUGAAGGCUGCCCGAAGAUCCGGGAUAGUGGGACGUUCCUGAAUCGGCCAUACAACCUCGCCAAUGGCUUCAGCAGAUGCCCUGGCCUUCACAUGCAGCCCACACGAUCUCGACCUCUCUCAACGGCAUGAGUCGGGAAGGCUGCCGUCGAAUCUAAGACGGUCCCCUCGGCGGCUGGCCAUCUCGACACAGGCCUUGGCUCGGGCCAUCAAAUCAUGCCCAACAUCGCCGACCGGGCCUGACGGCCAGGAGCGCCCUGAUGUCACUGUCGACAAAGAUGCAACUCGUGCGGAGGGCUUUAGGGUGCUGUCAAAGCAAGAUGGGCUAGUGAAGGGUCAUGUCGACUCUGCUCAGAGCAACCUUCCUGUGGAGUCUACUUAUGUCUUCUCCGUGUUACCUGACCAGGAACCAUUCCAGUCCAUUGUGGUCAAGGGCAGGCGUCAUGUACCGUCAUCUAUCCCAACAAAGAGGGCGCGAGCAUUGCAUGAUGUGGAUGGCCCUGGCACCAGCGAGUUCUCGUGCAAGAAGCGGCGUCUUCGACUUCAAUUGAUCACCAGCAGGCUGUCGCAGCCAUUUUCGCUGCCGGCGACGCACAUUCUCAACCGGGAGAGCGACGAUGACGACUCCCCAUGCAUCUCACGCUUCCUCAAAGCCGCAGCCAUUGGGGCGAAGCGGGCCGGGCACGAGUCCUCGAUGGUCCGCAAGGCUGCUAUCCUCAACAGCGUCAGGUUACGAGCUCGGCAGGCUGCCAUUGCUCGGGGGCAUGCAGAGAUGGCGGGCCUUGCAGCUCGCAACACAUUCCUCAACCAUGGCCACCAAGUGGUGACUGCACCGACUGUCGUCACAAUUGGAACACGAUACCCCGUGAGUGAAGGCAUGCCGGGUCACCUGCGACUUCCGGUGGGCUGGCGCCCGCAUACGACCAUUGGCCCGGGGCAUGCGACCAUCACCGCGAUGGCGCCAGUGCCAGCGGGGCCUGCCCCGAGUCACCCAAGUCAAGUCUGCCCUAGGACAUCGGAAUCUUGUGGAAGCCAGCCAACCACGUCUUCGUCCCCAGCCAUGCCCAGCUUGUCUACAACAUCAUCGGCGCACUCGUCGCCAAGGAGCUCUCAGCCACUGUCGCAGGACGAUGGCGAUGACGAAUAUGGCAUGGCGUUCCCGGCUUCGGACGUCGAUCCGCGCUAUGCCGAUCUGUCCGACGACGACAUGGACGACGUCUAUGCGGACUUCAGUGCCAUCUUUGGUUCUCGAUCUUCGCAGGACCAAGAGGACGGGGUGUCUGACGGCACUCGCUCACCGGAUGGAUCGGAGCACUUCUAUGAGGAGUACUUGGACGAGCUGGACGGCAUACCAUGGAUGUCGUGAUCUUCCAGG